UUGUGCCUAUGAGUAUUAGUCUUCUACCCUGCCCCUGCUGUCGGAGCUCGCUUGUUCAGUUUGGUUACGUGCGUUUUUUUUCCUGACUGGGACAGACAGUCAGUUUAGUCAGUCACUCACAGUCAGAGCCGCUCCCGAGCCGCUGGCUCGGAGGAAGGCAACUGGAAGUUACUCUUGGAAGGAAACAAAAAGGCAUUUCUCGUUAUUUUCCUCGUUAAGGCUAUUUGCAGGAUUCAAACGGGAUUCUCUGUUCAACGGGCAGGAUUACUGUGAAUUGAAGCAACUUGCUGGAGAGAGAGAAGGAAGAUAGCGAAAGAGAGAAAAAUCAGUGAACUGCAGCCUGUCCACCACCUCUUCACUGAGGGAAGAACCAGAGUGAGGGCAAUUGCGGAGCUGAAGCAAAGUGAGGGGCUCGGGAACCUCAGGGGAAAUCACGAUCUAGAAGGAGAGGUGUCUGGAGAGGGCAACUGGAGGAAAAGGAGGGGGUAAGAGUGAGGGCAACGGAAUCCGGAGGGAGGGGAGUGAGGGUGAGGAAAGAGGAUUGAGAUCGGGGGUAGCAGAAUGGGAACGGAGGGAGUUUAGUGAGGGGAGUGGGAUCUGGAGGGAAGGUAGGGAGGGCAGUGAGAUCCGAGGCGAGGGGAGGUCAGUGAGAUCCGGACGGAGGGUAGGAGAAGGCAGUGGGGAUCCGGAGGGAGGGGAGGCGAGGAGAGGAGAGGGCAGUGGGAAUCCCGGGAGGGUGACAGUGGGGAGGGGGGAUCUGGAGGUUGCGUACUGAGGGUGAGAGUGGGAUCCGUGGCGGGGGGGAGGUUAGUGAGGGUGAGAGUGGGAUCCCGAGGUCGGGAGCGCCGACCCCGGGCCAGGCCUGGGGGGGUAGGUGGUGGUGGUCUAGGGGGCGAUGGCGCUGCAGGCUCGGGCUCUGUAUGAUUUCCAGAGUGAGAAUGUGGGUGAGAUCUCGGUGCGGGAGGACGAGGUGCUGACCGUUUACAGUGAGCACGAUAUUGAUGGCUGGCUGGAGGGGGUCAACAGCCGGGGGGAGAGGGGACUCUUCCCGGCCUCCUAUGUGCAGAUCGUGCGGGCGGCGAGCGGCGGGGGAGCGCCCGGAGAACCCCCCGCCUCCCGUUACGCCAAUGUCCCGCCGGGGCCGGGACCUGGCAGCACCUUCUGCCCUCCGCCUCUCAUCCAGGUACCGCCGGCAGCAGGAGGAGGAGGCGGCCCCAGCCCCGGGCCCGGGCCUGGGCCUGGCCUGGUGCAGCUGGCCGGCCUCCAACACCAGGCGUCGGGCAGCGGCGACGACGACGACUGGGACGAUGACUGGGACGACAACUCGACAGUGGCGGACGAGCCGCUGUCGAGCUCAGGAGGAGCUUCGGGUUUCUCCCCGGAGCUGGACGGCUCGGGCCGGUAUAAAGUGAGCACGGGGGCCCGGGCGGGCGGAGGGCCCUCGUCGGGCCCCUCGAAGAGCACGGCGACCGUCAGCCGCAACCUGAACCGCUUCUCCACCUUCGUCAAGUCGGGCGGCGAGGCGUUCAUCCUGGGGGAGGCGGCGGGCUUCGUCAAGGACGGGGACCGGAUCUGUGUGGUGAGCGGGCCGCACGGCCCCGAGUGGCAGGAGGACCCUUACCCGUUCAGCUGCUCCAUCGACGAGCCCACCAAGCAGACCAAGUUCAAGGGCAUCAAGAGCUACAUCUCGUACCGCCUGGUGCCCAGUCACACCCAGAGCCCGGUCAACCGCCGCUACAAACACUUCGACUGGCUGUACGGCCGCCUGGUGGAGAAGUUCCCGGUCAUCUCGGUGCCCCACAUCCCGGAGAAACAGGCCACCGGCCGCUUCGAGGAGGACUUCAUCUCCAAGCGCAAGAAGGGCCUGAUCCUGUGGAUGAACCACAUGACGAGCCACCCGGUGCUGGCCCGCUGCGACGUCUUCCAGCAUUUCCUCACCUGCAGCGACGAGAAGGCCUGGAAGCAGGGCAAGCGCAAGGCCGAGAAGGACGACAUGGUCGGCGGCAACUUCUUCCUGACCCUCAGCACCCCGGCCAGCCCGCUCGACCUGCAGGAGGUCGAGAGCCGGGUCGACGGCUUCAAGAGCUUCACCAAGAGGAUGGACGAGAGCGUCUUCCAGCUGAGCCACACCGCCAACGAGUUCGCCAGGAAGCAGGCGGUGGGCUUCAAGAAGGAGUACCAGAAAGUGGGCACCUCUUUCCGACUGCUGAGCCAGGCCUUCGAGAUGGACCAGCAGCCCUUCUCGGCGGGACUCAACCGCGCCAUCGCCUUCACCGGGGACGCCUACGAUGCUAUCGGAGAACUUUUCGCAGAACAGCCCAAACAAGACGUAGACCCGAUCGUGGACUUAUUAGCACUUUACCAGGGGCACUUGACCAAUUUCCCCGAUAUCAUCCACGUCCAGAAAGGUGCUCUAACCAAAGUAAAGGAGAGUAAACGGCAUGUGGAAGAAGGGAAGAUGGAAUUGCAGCAGGCAGAUGGAGUCCGCGAACGCUGUGACACUAUUUCUUUUGCUACACUGGCUGAGAUUCACCAUUUUCACACUAUUCGUGUGUCGGACUUCAAGACACAAAUGCAGCAUUUUCUUCAGCAGCAGAUCCAUUUUUACCAGAAGGUGACUCAGAAGUUAGAGGAAGCAUUGCAGAAAUAUGAUGCUGUUUAACUUCUAUCAGUUUGACAAUUUUUUAUUGUGGCCUUUUCACAUCUGAAUAAUGCAGGUGAUCGGCAGACUGUCAAAACGCUCUGGAAUCACCCAUGGCGCUUAGAGAUCAUGUUGGGGUCCAAACUUGGUGAUCUGGUUUCAAAAUCAAAAUCUGUUGAACAGUCUCCAAAAUUGAGUCAGUUACCUGGCAAAUUACUCCAAAUUAUGUGGGUGAGGGAUUGGGAGGAAGGUCAUUUAAGUAUGUUAUGUACUAUAUGCUUACACUACCAUACUAAUUUGUUCUGCAUAGUGCAGUAUGUGUGUACUAUCUAACUUUGCUUUAUUUAACAAAGUUAUGUAGGGUAUACUGUUGGGCCCCAAGUCCUAAAGCAGGAUGGAUGGGUUGACUGUGUUCUCUAUACAGCCUAUUCUAACUGAUGAGGAAACUAUUAGACUUUAAUCUCUUCUGUAAUAAAUGAAAUGCAAAGACUAAACCUUGUUUACAAAUUCCAGCUGGAGCAGCUAUGUUACUCGUGCCUUUUGAGUCACUGUUUGUCUUCUGUAGUUUAUAACAAAAUCUUACUAAAGGAGGAGGGAAUCCCAUGUGUUUCUCAAGUUGAAAUUGCACCAGGAAGUGAAGAAAAAUGAUUUGGACCUCUAGUUUAUUUAAAAAAAAAGGAAGUUCACUGUGCCCCUGUGCUAGUAGCAAUCACAGAAAAUUCUAAUGAAAUUACAAUCUUCUCAGGAAGGUGGAAGAUGCUAUUUAUUUCUGAAAACAACUGUUAUGCAGGCAGGAACCGUGUAUAAGUUUGAGAGCAACUUAUCUAUAUUAGGUGGGAAUCUCUGGCUGACUUCCCAAUGUAAUGAGGGGGGAGUUUUAUUUUUUAAAAAUUCUGAAAACUUAAUGAAGGAGUAAGGUAACUUUUUUGUUCCCAGCAACUUGAUUUUGGGCAGAUUUUAGGUUACUAGAAUACUUGACAUCUGACCUAGAAAUGCUAUUUGAGGAAAGUUUUAGCAUGAAUUAGAAUCAGUAACUGGUAAAUGUGAUGAUCACUUGACUGAAUUGUUUCGCAUCUUUCGUAAUGGAAAUAAAUUUCUAUGAAAAUAGACAAAAUUGGAAAACAAAAUUUAAAUCUGGUCUUAAAUGUUACCUGCUGAAAUUUGAGUGCAUUUGACAAAUCAUUGGGGUCACCCAGUCUUGCCUGCUGCUCUCCAGAACCUUACGGUGUGUGCUGCAAGGCCUUGUCUUUCGAGAGUACUAAGCUACUUUAUUCUGAUGUUAACUGAAAUGUGCUAGAGAGCUAAGUAUUGCUUGGUGGGAGUUGUACAGUCCAUUGUGUGAGAACCCUUUGAAUGCAGCAGCUGGUAAAAGGAGCUAUUGUGAGCAGUUGUGAGCAAACCAACCAAAGAAGUAGUGGCUUUUUUGAGAAUUUCUUUCAUCUGGAAGUGGAAGUAUUUCAUUUUAACAUAGCACAUUUUAAGUUGUACAAUCCACAAAGACAUUUUGAUUAUGGGACUAAAAUUAUGUAAAUUUAAUUUGGCAUUUGGCUGCAUUGAAAUUGGUCUGGCAUUACUGAUCAAUGUACCGUUAUGAAAGUGCCAUUGACAAAAGGCAAAGCAAUUGAAGAUUAUUUUUGACAGUGGUUUAAAAUGUCAACCAGUGUGAUAAUCUUGUCAGCAAGAGUAGCCUAACUAGCCAUUACAAGUGUCUUUAUGGGAGAUAUUGUGGGAGACCACAAAGAUAUGAAGAUGUUUACAGCUUUUCUAUUACCUAAAAUUGUUAUGGUUUCUCACUGCAGCAGUUUGAUAGCUAUAUAAAAUAACAUAAAUGAAUGCACAUCUACAAGACUUGCACCAAAAUGUCAGACUUUCUGUGAAAGUGCUCCUUUAUUUAAAACAUCAGCUCAGAAUAAAUAGUUAUUUCAUUUGAAUGUUAUUGUACGCAACAUUUAGAUUAAAAAGAAAUGACCAUAA